AUGAGAAUAUACUCGCGACUACUGGCCACGGCCACAGAUGCUGGCGCGUCCAAAGGGCCCUUUCGACCAGCUCCGGCUGCGUUACUGCCACCGAUCCCACUGUACAGGACGAUACUGAGAACACAUCGAAAGAAACUACCUGUAGAACAGCGGUUGCUUGGCGACAUGUAUGUCAAAGCUGAGUUCAGGGCGCACAAGGACAUCGACAAUCCCGUCCAAAUUAUUGGCUUCCUUUCAGAAUGGCAAAUGUAUGCCCAGGCGAUAGAAGGCGAUACCUGGAAAGGAGAAAAGAUGGACAAAGCCAAGAUCGAUAAAAUGAGCGACCAACAAAUCGGUCAGCUGUACGAGCUUAUGCAGCAGAUCAAGAAGCAAGAAGCUGAAGAGGCCGAGGCCGAGGAAGCCGAAGUCGUGGUUCCCCUCGAUGGCCCAAAGAAGUCCGAUCAGUGA